CAUUAACAAUCUACAUCAUGUCAACAAAGAGAAGACAAAGCUCAUAUAGCGCAGAAGAGCCUUUUGAAUUUGUUGAUUACACGUCAGUGUCUAAUUUCGAACGACUUGUUACUCAUAUUGAGGAAACACUAUAUUCUUGGGGCAUAAAGGACGGUUCCUUUGGCAUAUUCUCUGAUGAACAAAUAUCAGCAGCUAAAGCAGCGCUUAGUAACCCUACAGCAGAGGAAUAUACCAGGAAGGAAGUACUGUCAGUAGAUGAUGAUACGUUUUCUUUCACUUACCAUUGCCAACCAACCGUUAUAGAGAGUAAUAACGCGCCUCCCUUAGCAGCUGAUCACUUUUAUCAGUUUCAGUAUAACCAAUAUCAUCCACUACAUCGAUGGACAGGACAGAGCAGACUCUUGAUAUUAAAAUUAGCAAAUGAUUCAAUCAAGAAAAAGAUACUGUUAGGCACAAGAUCAUCCAUAGAAAAUCAUCAGGCAAAACAACUUAUUUCUGCUUGUGCGAUUGCCUUUCAGAACACAGGCUGUUCCGUCCCUGUAUUCACGCCUGUAGGCCAAGAGAGACACAAAAUGUUUCUUGGAUAUAUGCUUACAACAUCCAACAUGGAUCACCCUUUGAACGAAACAGAGACACGAUUUAAUAUGACAAUCAUCUCACCUCCUAGCACUUUAUCAUGCUUGGAUGAACUAAAAUAUUUAUUUAUGCAAAAGCAAAAUGCUUUACGUGAAACUUAUGGCAAAGUUGACUAUGAUGAUAAAGACGUUUGGACAACCGCUGUCUAUACUUAUGACUUGAAAAAUUGGUUUGAAAACAACUGGAAGCAGUGGCCAGAGGCGCCAGAUACAGCAUCCGAGCGUCCAUCGAUAAGCCGAGGUUUUAGUGAUGACUUUGGACAAACAAGCCAGAAACUACUGGAUGACACCGAGAACAUGCUCCCUUUUGGAUCCUAUAAUGAUCCUCUGCGCUCUUUAACCCUAAGUGCACUAUUUCCAUUUUGGCAAGAUGGACUUUAUGAUGAUGCCCAAUCAACGAAUAUGGAUGCUCUCACAGCUAAACAGUGGGUUUUAUCACGAGAGUUUGCUCCAGCAAAUCAACAGAGAGCAGACCUAUCAAACAUCAUAGAGCAAAUCAUUGGCUCUUGGAUAAAGGAUCCAUGCAACAGUGAGUACCUUGCACCGUAUGAUGAAGACAACGAUGAGUCUGCCAAUGACCGUGCCAUGUUACUUCGCAACCUCUUUCUAGCCAAUAAUCCACGCAGCACUAGCAGUAGCGCCUCCGGUAGUAUGGCAGACAGUACAGGUGGAUCACGAUCAGGAGACGAGCAAGUGACAGUAGUAAAGUCGGAUCAAAUAGAGGAAGUCUUGAAUAAUUUAUUUAGUAGAAAUAAAAUGCCAUUGUAUAAUAAUAAAGCAGGAAAGGAAGAUCAAAAAGAAAUGUUGGAUACAAAGAAGCUGGUGUUAAAAUUCAAAGCAAGCUCUUCUGUACCUUACGGAUCUUUCUUUUGGAACUUACUCUUAUUCGCAAUUAAAGCAUUGGCAAAUGGCAACACGAAUCCAAAUAGCCGACGACAGCACUUUGCGGAUUUCAUGGGGUUUUUCAGAAUUGUCUGGACAGAGGUGUUGCGUAAAAUACGCUGGCAUUGGGAGAAUCUUGAACCUAUACCAGGCGUAAGCCCUUAUUUAUACGAUGAUGAUAAUGAUGAGGAUCAUAACUGUACCGACCCCAAGAAAAAAAAAAUACUUGGCAUUGACCUUCGCUUUAACAUUUUGCAUCAAAAAUUAUCCAUGGUUAAUUGUUGCAUAUAUCGCCAACGUCAAAGCAAUUCACCUCAGAGCGGGAAAGGAACGUCUAGCAAAGAACAGACAAUACAGGACAAUACAAGACGUUCGAACUUGAACAAUGAAGGGCCCGGUCAAUCAAAGAAACAGACCAGAUCGUCUGUUAUAGAUGAUUCAGAUUCUACUGAGGAGUUUUUUGAUACGGUAGAAGAUGUGGAAGGAUCGAUCAAUAUAGUCCAGCGGCCAGUAGAUGAAGAGCUUGAGGAGCCUGGAAGUGCACAUCCUUUAUCAGAAUCAUACGUACGGCUUCCAUUUGUAGCCAUGUUUAACAAUGAAGAAGCAGAAGCAGCUGCUAUAAAAGAUCCCAAUAGAGCAGAAGGACAGCUGUGCGAACAUACUGAAGGUUUAAAGCUAUUGAAAACAGGGGAGCCACUUCAAGUGCCUGUGACCCAGGAUCCAGGAUUCAUGACAGAAGAUAUGGUCAAAGAACAAGCUGAAGCAUUUGAGAAUAUGGGUUCAUCGGACCGUGCAACUUUAAAACGAGCUCAGCUUCAGUCGCGACAAUUGUAUUCGGACAUGCAAGCUUUUAAGGCAGCCAACCCCCAUGCUUGUCUAGAAGAUUUCGUUAGAUGGCAUUCUCCUCGCGAUUGGAUAGUUCCUGAGGGAUCAAAGAACGAAGAAGGUCAUCUUAGUAAAAGAAUGUCUGAACCAAACAACAUUUGGCAAGAGCUAUGGAAUUGUUCUCAUAGAAUCCCUUGUUCUCGUCAGAGUCCGCUCUUCAACAUAUACACUGAGGCUGAAAAGGCACUAUUCUUUUUAGAGACAACAUCUGUUCAUGAACUAUUUUCAACAAUGCUGCCUACUCUAGGCUUAAUUGCAUAUGAUACACUAGUCAAUCAUCCUGUGGUUGAACAUAGCCGUCCAGUGACUGAUGAGCUGCAAGAGCUUAGAGAUGUGUUGAUCCACUUUCCUUGGGAUGAUCUUCGCUUUGGAAAAAAGACGAUAGAAAGUAUAACAUUUCAGAUACGCGAAGUAGAAUCAAUGAUGUGUAAUGCGAUAUCCUUGUUACGAAAGCUACCUCGUCAAUAUGAUUUAGUAGACAGAUUAUUAUUAUCAGAGCAGACAAUAGUCCAAGAAGGUCAAGAACGAUCAGCUGUCUUUCAACUAUUCAAGAAUGAUGAUGGUAUUAUAUCCAAGCCUUCUUCUAGAGAAUAUGUGCUGUACAGUAGUUGUAAUGAUUUGGUAAGCCCAGAGAAAUGCUUGCCAAUGAGGCAAUAUGCCUUAGUGAAGGACAAUGAAGUCCGUAUUGUUGAUUUACACACAGUAGAUACUAUUUACUCUUAAUAUAGCUUGUCUUAUUUUAAAUGGAAAGUGCUGUUAAUGUGUAAAAAUAAAGACGGUUUAUUCCUUAUUUGAACAAAACUUCUCUCUUCACCCACAGAAAAUGAUGUCUAAACAGUAUUCAAACGUUAUUUAGUUAAUCCCUAUGGGGAGGAGGAGUCUUGAUGUAC